GUAGUGUGUGUGUGUGCGAGGGCAAGUGGGGAGGGGGACCCAGCUCAGGAGAGGGGCCCUGCUCGCAGGUCCCGGGGUCCGGGUGCCGGCCCGAGAGCUUGGUCCGCAGGCAGCGGGCGGGUGGUGCCCCCUCCUGCCCCCACCCCGCGCGUGCGCGCCCCAGCCCCCCCCUCCCCGUCACCCUCCUCAGCUCCCGCGCGGCGGCGGCGGUUCCUCUCCCCCUCCCCCCAGCCCUGGCUCCGGGGGACCCCGCGAUGCCGGUCCGCACCGAGUGUCCCCCGCCGGCCGGUGCCUCGGCCGCCUCCGCGGCCUCGCUCAUCCCGCCGCCGCCCAUCAACACCCAGCAGCCCGGCGUGGCCACCAGCUUGCUCUACAGCGGCUCCAAGUUCCGCGGCCACCAGAAGAGCAAGGGGAACUCGUACGACGUAGAGGUGGUGCUGCAGCACGUGGACACAGGGAACUCUUAUCUUUGUGGAUAUCUGAAGAUUAAAGGCCUUACUGAGGCGUACUCCCUGGGGGACCUGGAGGAGACCCUGGAGCCUGCCUUCUUCUAUGACUGUUUCUCUUCGGCCUCAAACAUCUCGAGUUCCUCCACCCAACAAGAGAUGGGCCAAAUGUUGGGAAGCCAGGUCACUGUCACAGGCCCCGAGGAGGAGGACCAAGGACACCAGGUCCCAGCCUUGACAGAAAACCCUGAGCCCAUGGAGGAACAGGCCGAAGGCGUACUCCCUGGGGAACCUGGAGGAGACCCUGGAGCCCAUGUUCUUUCAAUCAUCCUCUUUGGCCUCAAAUAUCUCGAGUUCCUCCACCCAACAAGAGAUGGGCCAAAUGUUGGGAAGGUCACUGUCACAAGCCCCGAGGAGGAGGACCACGGACACCAGGUCCCAGCCUUGACAGAAAACCCUGAGCCCAUGGAGGAACAGGCUGAAGCAGCUCUAGUGCUUGUGGAAGCUCCAGUUCAAUGUCCAUCAUCUGUACCAUCUGAUAGAGAACUGGAGCUGGACGAACCUGCAGUGGACGAUCAAGGCCAACACACCCUGCUGGCCCUUCAGUCAGCACUGCAUCCAGACAGGAACCCAGAGCCUCUGUUCUUCUCCCAGCUCAUUUGUUUAUUCGUUUUUAUUAUCUGUGUUUAUUAUUUUAUUAUUUAGAAUUAAAGAUUUAUUUUCAUUGUUAAAAGACGCAGUCAUUUGGCAUCAAGUGCCUUCUCUAAACUGUGCACUAGUCACCACUAUGCAGUUCCAGAACGUCUUCCGGAAUUUGGUAUCUAUGAUCACUGCCUCCCCAACCUCCUGCUAGUCCCCAGCGACCCCUUAGCUUCUAGUCCUGUGAUAUGCUGAGUCUGCAUUUUUUAAACCAGUGCAGUCUGAUUUCUUCUGGGCUGUGUAAAGUUGGAAGGGACUAAUUAUGUUUCCUUAGAAGGACAAACGCCAUAGAGAUCUAUGUUUUUUAUGUUUUUUAUUUUGACUUUUUGUUACUGGGCUUGAGCCCAGGGGCACAUUACCGCUGAGCUACAUCCAUGGUCUUUUCCUUUUUCAUUUUGUGUCAGCCUCUUGCUGGUUUACUGUGGCUGCCCUAAACACUUAAACGCUUUGCCUCAAAGCAGUGUUAUUUGGAAAUAAAAAAAUACUACUACUACUACUACUACUACUACUACUACUGACUACUACUACUACUACUAAUGUCCAAUGCCUGGAGAAAAGAUAAAUCUGCUUUGUAACAGGGAACAUAUCCAGCAGGCAAAACCAAAAAUGUCCAGCUCCCUGUCAUUAGAGUUUGUGAUUCUCCACACCAGUGCUGAACAAGAGAGUAUGUGGAGACAUCAUUUAUAGUAAUAUCAACAAGCCAAGUAGAAUAAUAAAGCACUUAGAAACAUACAUACUUGCAGUAGAUCGUAAACAUAAGAUAAAAGAUACGAAAGUCCAGCUCAUCUUGAAUUACCAACCCACCACUUGAGAGAGAGCUCCAGGUUCAGAAACAGAUCUGUGGCUCCCAGUGGGAACACAGCCUGGACCACCGACUGAGCACCCCCGUUGCACCAGCUCCCAUCCCAGAACUGCCCUUUACCUCUCCUUUUCUUUUUUUCUUUUUCUAUUUUUAUUGAAACUAAUUUAUUUUAAAAUGUAAUAUUUUUUUUAAAAAGUUCAGCUAAUUGUCUUUAAGUGCAUUACACUGUCCUGUGUCUGGUACCCACACCCACCCACACCUGCUCUCCCUCCUGCUUGUCUCCAGGGAACACCCUCCCUCUGAUCUUUCUCUUCUGGCUUUUUCAUGUCAUUGUAGUCGGACUUUUGUGUUUGUCCACACAAUAUUGGCAGGGACUGUUAAUUAAUUUUCUUUGAAUAGUAAAUGCCAUAGAGAUCCAAGAUUUUUAGUUUUUUUUUUUUUAAUUAGUAUUAGAAAUUGAACCCAGGGGCAUUUAGUGAGUGCCUCAUCUCCAGUUUUUUUUUUUUCUUUAUGAGAUGGAGUCUCACUAAGUUCCUGAGGAGCUCCCUAGGUUGGGGAAACUGACCUCCAACUUUAAAUCCUCCUUCCUCAGCCUCCUAAAUCACUGGGAUAUUGUUAUGUGCUACUCAUCUAGCAGGUCUAAGUGUAUAUGUAAAAUGAAAGCUUCUUAGAAAAUACUUUGAUAACAUUUAUGUUGAAAGCAUUUUUUUUUCUGACUCAAGGGUCAGAAGUCAUAAAGGAAAUGACUGACUCCUGAUCGAAAAACAAAAAGAACAUAGAUACUUAGAAAGACAAAUUACAACUAGCAAAGUGUUUCUGAAACAACCAGAGACAUGAAAAAUUGUGCACUAUAUAUGUAAUAAGAAUUUAAUGCAUUCUGCUGUGAAAUAUAAAUAAAACUUAAAAUAAAAUUGGACCCUCCCCCCAAAAAACCUAGACUGAUAUAAGAUUAACAUCCCAGGGACACAUCAAACUUCAUGAGAAAAUCAUUUUUCUAGGGGGACAAAGAACAAAUUCCUGCAAUUCAAAAACGAAUCACUGCGCAUAGUAACUGUGAACCUUUGAAUGUUGACACACCAUGGUCAACACACUUACUACUGAGAGGUUGUUUGUCCCCACUGAAUGGGCAGGUUUUAAGGCUGGUGCUGAACAGCCCUGGUGAGAAUACAGGAGACAGAGGCCUGGGCAGAUCCCCUGGGAGAUGUGACCAUGGAUACUCCUCAGAAUCAUUUGGGAGCACCCUUCCAAGUCCUUAGCAUGUGUCCCUUCCUUCAUCCAGCAUGUCGAAAGCUAGGUACUUAUCCUGCCAGCACUGUUGGAAAUGGCCAGAACUGGAGCCUUCAGUAACUUCCAUGUAGAGGGGGUGGAUGGCCGCAUCUGCUCCCCACCCUCCAGGAAAUGCUGUGGCUGCUGAGGUGGGUCUAUCUGUGUCCACAAAGACAGAAGUCAAGGAAGCUGUUAUAUGAAUACAUUGGUGUGUUCAGGGUGUCUCUACAGAGGAUCUCAUUUGAUAAAGGACACAUCAGUGAUGUAAAUCUGCAGUAAAUGCAAAUGAGAACUUCUGUGGCUUUUCCCCACAGGAUUUGGUGCAGGACUAAUGGUACCAGGUGACAGAUUGAGUAUUAUGGCCUGGCCUCCCACAGCGAUUGCUCAAUGUGUGGGGUCCAUCCCUGGAACAGCACAGAAGGGCGAGUUCAGGUUCAUAGAAAGGAAUUAUGGUGGGGAUGUGCUUAGCUUUCUCUUUCCUGUCUGAGAAGGAGGAUUCUUAAUACAACUUGGAUGAGCUUUGAAUAGGCCAGAUUGUACAGUUACUGUAAUAUUAGCAAAACCUAUAGGUACAGGGCAAUAUACCUCAUUUCCAUAGACAGAAAAAUCCUUAAUACUGGUAGAAUAAAUUCAACAGAACAUGAUUAAAUCAUGCACUAGGACCAAAUGAGAUUUAUCCCAGUUGCAAAAAUGUUUCAAAGCACAAAAAUAAUUCAAUGUGGUCAACUGUACUGACAGAAUGAAAGAUAAAAUCAUAUUAUCUCAUUAGGUGUAGAACGAUGAUUCUGAAAAAAAUCAACACUCUUUCAUGACGGAUGGCCUACAAAAAUUAGGUAAAAAGGAAUGCACCACAAGACAAUAAAGGUCACACAGGAUCUACCACAUCAAAUGUUGUAUGUAGUGGCCGAAAAAUGUAUGUAUGUAUGUAUGUAUGUAGUGGCUUUUCCUUAAGAUCAUGACCAAGGUGAGGCUGCCCACACUGCAGCAAUGUCUGUUCCAUGUAGUGCUGAAGACCCCAGACAGAGGAAUCUGAGAGGAAAAAGAAACCACAGGAAUCCAAACCAGGAAGGAACAAGGAAGGGCCGCCUCUGUUGGCAGAGGACAAGUCCUCUUCAUAGAGAAUGCUACACUCUUUACCAAUGAAAACUGUUAGAACUAAUUAACAAGUUCAGUCAAGGUUCUGGAGACAAAAUCCACCUGAGAAAAGCAGAUGCAUUUCUAUAUCCUUAAUAAUCAUCUAUCAAAAAAAAAAAACCCAAAUAGUAAUAUUCUUUUUACAAUUGCACCAAAAAGAACAAAACACUUCGGAGCAAAUUGAGCCAAAUGAAUUCAAAGAAAGCAAAUUUACAUGUAUCAUACAAAUUAUAAAACAUUGAUGAGAAAAACUGAAGACAUACAUGGAUAUAAAGAUAUAGUGUGCUUAUGGAUUAGAAAAAUAAAGAUAGUUAAGAUGUCCAGGCUACCCAAAGCAAGAGAUUCAGUGACAUUCCUGUCAAUCUAUCAAUGGCAAUUUUACUAGAUAUUGAAAGAAAAUCCUUUAAUUCAUAUGACACCACAAAAGGUAAUAAAUAGCCAUCUCCUCCUGAGAAAAGAAGAACAAAGAAGAGGUUUUAUAGUAAUUAUUUUCAAAUAUAUUGUAAGAUUCUCAUAAUCCACUCAGAUACUGACAUGAAAACUGACACAAAGAAGAGAGUAGAGAAUACCACAUGAAUAUGGAACACAAGAGAAAACUCAGAUACAAACCCAUGCACACAUAGUCAAUCACCAAAAGGCACCAAGAACUGACAAUAGGGAAGGUAGAGUCUCAUCCACGUAUGGUGCUGGGAAAGAGGAUAUUUACAUGCAAAGGAAUGAAGCUGGACCUGCACAGUACAUAAAAGUGAAAAGCUGGAUCUUACACAGCACAUAAAAUUGAACUAGAAAUGGAUUAAAGGCACAGAGGAAAAUCCACAUUCAAAAGAGCUGGCUGCAACAUCAAGAUAAGAAAAUGGCAAACAGUUCAUGCAACACACGACAUGAGUUUCUCAGGGCCUCUAGGGUCCUCUUCCACGCUCAAAGGCAAGAGAGCACCAGGAACCCCUCUAUUUAUUAGGAAAAGACAUUCGAUGGAAUAUUCCAACCAAAUAAGGUAGGGGAUAGAAUUUCAGAAGCGGGGUUGCCCAAUCCCUUUGGGUAAUCCUCAAGCCCAGAGCUGAAGCACUUCCCUGCAGAGCGAAGGUAAGGCCCACUUUGCUUCGCACAGUGUGUGGCUUGCGAUGCCAGUUCAAUACUUCAUUAUUCAAGGCUAACGGGGUGUCCUUUGCUCCUGCGCAGGGUGGCCUCCGACACUGAGAUUUCAUACUACCACAGCCAGAAUGGCAAUUAUCAAGAAUAUAAAUAAGGAUAAUUGUUGAGGAUGUGGGAGAAAAAGUAUGUUAAUACUUUGUUGAUGGCACUGCAAACUAGUACUACCAAUUUGGAAAGCAGUGUAGAGAUGACUCUAAAUGGAACCACAUAUGGUCCAGCUCUCCCACUUCUUGGUAAUUAUGUAAAAAUCCAAAAUCAGUAUUCUAUAGCACAAUAGCCAAGUUAUGAAACCAGCCUAGGCGCUGACCAAUAGGAUGAAUGGAUUAAGAACAUGUGAUAUAUACACACACACAAUGGAGUUCUACUCAGCCAUAAAGAAAAAUGAAAUUAUUUCAUUUGCUGGUAUAUCAAUGGAACAUCAUGCCAAGUUAUAUAAGUCAGAUUCAGAAAGCAAGGAUCAAAUGCCUUCUCUCAUAAAUGUAAGUUAGGGAGACAAAAGGGAAUAAAGUUGGGGGAACUUCCAAAAAAUAGAAGGGACAGGAGUAGAAAUAGGAAAUAAAGGGUGAGGGAGGACAAGAGGCAAAGGGGAAGAAUUUGGGGAAUAAAGUUGAUCAAAUUAUACUAUGUGCAUGUGUGAAUAUAUCACAAUGCAGUCCAAUUUUAUAUGUAACUAUAAUGCAUCAAUUAAAAGAAAAUCAAUGAGAGACUGGGAAGAUGGUAGAAGGGAGCAAGACAGCAAUUCCUGAUCUCCUCACCACACAGAAAGGAGGCAGUGAAGGAAAAUCAGAAUUGAGAGAUGAGUGACAACGGUUCAAAGACUCAGUGUUACCAAGUCUUAGGUCUGGAAAUACUGGAUACCACAGAAGAAAAUCAGCACACGUUUCCCUGAUCUGGAACCCAGGCCAGGAUAGAGGAAGGGGUGAGGGGCAAUAGAAAGAAAGAAAGAAAGA